GGGAGAGAGACCUCGCUCCGUCGCUUUCGCCUCGCUCUAUCUAGUACCUCCGCCGCACUCGUAUAACACGCUGGAAAACGUGCCGUUCCUCACGCGCCUGAGUAAAAAAAAAAAAAAGAAAGAAACGCGAGUUCGCUGCAUCCGGUGAGAGUCCGGCGGAAGAUCGUCGGAGAUUUCGAGCGAACGCAUCUCGCGGUGCAGCGCCGACGUUUCUCGCGUCGGGUAGACGGAAAGCCUGUUGCGAGUCGCUUCCGUCGUUCCGUCCACUACUUCUUCCGCCUCCCUCGCUACCCUCUUUCUCCCUGACGUAUUUCCGUCAGGUGGAAGGACUCCUUUCCCUUUUCUUCGCUCCGAUAUUUCUCCUUCGCCGACGAAUCGAUCCUCCGAACGUGUCGCGUUGGUGCGGUCGCGUCGACUGUUGUUGUUUAUUACGGCUCGACGGAGGAGCCGGUCGAGGGACGCGGAGCAAGAACGAAAGGAAAGGAGAGAGGAGAAUCACGAGGAGGAAGUUGCGAGAGGAAAGAACUCACGUGCAGCGUUCUCGUUCCGUCCUCUUUGAUCGAGCACGCACCCUUUUAUCGGUCGACGAGGAGAUCAUACCUACUAGGCGAGAAUAGUGGAUAUCGCGUGACGACGAGGUGAGAAUAAUAUGCGCUCGCGAAUUGCGCGCGAGAGUGCGCGAGCCGGAAGGGGACCGAGCUCCUCGCCGCAGCAGUGACCUGCGAGCUUGCGAGCGGUACGUACGUACGUUCGCGGUUAACGUACGUUGUUCCAUGUGUCGUGAAAGAGCCCGUGCCAACGGCGACGAUCUCGCGGUCGCAGUUUUUCGGACGAACGACGGCUUCUCGUGAGUACACAGAUCGGGGGUUAGAGUUCCUGCCAGCCGGAGGAAGGUCUCCUGGAUAGCUUUUUACCUCACGGCCGUCUCUCUUCACGGGCCGUCGCGUCCCUCGUCUUCGUCUUGGGGCGCGCGAAAGGGCUUGAGUUUGAAAAGGACCUCGAGUUCGUGGACAAUCGCCCACCCUCGCAACGAGUAUUACCGCUCUUUCACGAGGACACGUACGAAGGGGAUACAUCCGUGAGACGCCGUGAGACGUCCGCAACAUCUCGUCGCAGAUAUCGCAGACACUGAACCGAUAUCAAAAUGGGUUGUUUCGGGAGCAAAGACAAGUUGAGCAAAGAAGACAUGGAUUUCCUCAAGUCGCAUACGCGAUACGACGAGGCGACCAUAAAGGAAUGGUACAAAGGUUUUAAACAAGACUGUCCUAACGGCAGGUUAACGCCGGCGAAAUUUGUCGACAUGUACAAAAUGUUCUUCCCGUCCGGCAACGCGGAAGAAUUCUGCGACCACGUGUUCCGCACAUUCGACAUGGACAAGAACGGCUACAUCGAUUUUAAGGAAUUCCUACUGGCAAUCGACGUAACGUCCAGCGGCACGCCGGAGGAAAAACUGAAAUGGGCGUUCCGUAUGUACGACGUUGACGGCAACGGCGUUAUCGAUAUGCAGGAAAUGACGAAGAUCGUCCAGGCGAUAUACGACAUGCUCGGCGCGUGUUCGAGCAAUAGGCCGGCGGACAGCGCGGAGGAGAGAGCGAAGAACAUAUUCGCGAAGAUGGACGAGAACAACGACGGGCAGUUGACGCAGGACGAGUUCCUGAAGGGCUGCCUCCAGGACGAGGAGCUGUCGAAGAUGCUCGCUCCUUAAUCCCGACGUCGCCGCACUUCCGCACGAGCCGUCGACGAGCGAUCGUAAAGGACACCACGACCCAACAACACCCGGCUCCCUCGGAGAAACUCGUAACGGAAACGUCAAAACGCCGGCAACAAUAAGGCCACCACCAGAAACGGACACUCGCGAACACACGCACAUCAAUUUACACACGCGACACGUAUCAACAAUUUCCUAUUAACUAUGACGUACGCUAUUAUUGCGGCGGUUCGAUAACGAGGCCGUUCGCUCGUGCCCGCAAACGGGUAGGGCACGAGGCCGUGAUAACGGACGGCGAUCGAGAAUGACGGAUGAACGAGGUGGAACAGCGAUUCAGAAAUCAGAGUCGCCGUCGAUCCUCGUGCGAGCGAGAGACCCGAAAGAGGAAAAAAAGAACUUCGCGAGGGAUGAUCGCAAUGGCGCGCACCGCACGCCCAGCUUUUCGCACGAUCGACUGCGGGACUGCAGCAACGACGGUGGUGUGUAAAUCGGUCCUGGAAAGGAAAGUUUCCCGUUGAAACGUGAAACAUACACGGGGAAACUGAGAGUGUGACAUCAUCGUCGACGACGGCGAGGGAGCUAAUUAGCUUGUGGAAAGUCCUCAUCCGUUUCGCGAACUCGCCCAUGUCGACAACCGCACGAAGCGGAUUCCGCCUCGCCGGAUUUAGGAAUAUCCUCGGAGUGCGGUGACAGAAUUAACGGCGGCGAAACGAGCCUUCCGUUUCUCAUCGGGGAAGGUGAUAAUGUCGGUCGUCGAGGACCGCGGGUGGCGCUCUCUC